AUGGCAGUUUUCAACAUCACCCCCUCCCACCCUUCAACAUUCAUCCUAAUGGGCAUCCCUGGCCUGGAAGCUGCCCAUGUCCUGAUUUCCAUCCCUUUCUCUAUCUUCUACAUUAUCGGUCUGUUGGGAAAUUUCACAGUUUUGUUUGUUGUAGGCAAAGAGCAGACUCUCCACAAUCCAAUGUACCUGCUGCUCUGCAUGCUGGCGCUCACAGACAUUGCCACGCCUACCUUCGUUGUGCCAAAUGCACUGUGCAUAUUUUGGUUCAAUUUGAAAGGUAUUACUAUGGGUGUCUGCCUCACCCAGAUGUUUUUUCUUCACACUGUUUCUCUUAUGCACUCCGCCGUCCUUGUGACAAUGGCCUUCGAUCGUUACGUUGCCAUUUGUAAGCCUCUGAGAUACACCAACAUCCUCAAUAACACACGAAUAGCUAAGCUAGGGUUCGUGUGUUUGAUAAGAGCUGUUCUCUUCAUUCUUCCUCUGCCUCUGCUCCUGAGCCGGCAGCCAUUCUGUGCGAAUCGCAUUAUCCCCCACACUCAAUGCGAGCACAAUGCUGUGGUGAAGAUGUCGUGUGGGGACAUUACAGUGAACAUGAUAUACGGCUUGGUGCUAUUCUUUGUAGUCAACAUGUCAGACCUGACGCUCAUUGCCCUGUCCUAUGGUCUGAUCAUCAAGGCAGUUCUUAGACUCUCCUCCAAGAAAGCCCACCAGAAAGCCCUCAGCACCUGCACAGCCCACAUCUGUGUGAUGCUGACGUAUUAUUCUCCCAGCCUCUUUUCCAACCUGACAAACCGGUUCGGUGAGGGCAUCGCUCCCCACAUUCACAUCAUCUUGGAUGACCUCUAUCUCCUCAUCCCGCCCAUGCUCAACCCAAUCAUUUAUGGGGUCAAAUCCAAAGAGCUUCGUGACAAAGUGGGCAAAUACAUCUGCAGAAAGUGA